AUGGUCAAGUACUUGAAUCAAGUGGAAAGUAUCAACAUAGACAGAGAUUUAUUCGAAAAAUAUAAGUUCAGUGUGGACCAAUUAAUGGAACUUGCUGGCCAGAGUUGUGCACUCGCUAUUGCUCAUAGUUAUCAGUCGUUGAAAAAUUCUGAACGAAAAAUUUUGGUUUGUUGUGGACCAGGAAAUAAUGGUGGUGAUGGACUUGUCUGUGCCAGACAUUUGAAACAAUUUGGAUAUAAUCCGGAAAUUUACUACCCUAAAAGAACAAAUAACACACUAUAUGAGAAUUUGUUGCAUCAGUGUGUUGAAAAUGAUAUUCCUUUAGUAGAAGAUGAUUUAGAAGAUUUUGCCUUAAAACGUUUGUGCCAGUUUGGUCUCAUAGUAGAUGCUCUGUUUGGAUUCAGCUUCAAACCUCCUGUGAGAGAAGAGUUUAUCCCUAUCAUUCAUCUAUUGGAAAAUACAACUGUUCCCAUUUGUAGUAUAGAUAUACCAUCAGGGUGGGAUGUGGAGAUUGGACCACCCAUGAAUGGUGGGAUAAAACCAGAAAUGCUGGUAUCGUUAACAGCACCAAAGAUAUGUGCUAAAAGGUUUCAAGGAAAAUACCAUUAUUUGGGUGGUCGAUUUGUACCUAAUAAAUUGGAAAGAGAAUAUAAUCUUAAUCUACCCAAAUACCAAGGAACCAAUUUAAUUGUUCCUCUGCAUUGA